AUGGCACCAGGGAACAAUACACACAUUUCAACAUUUCUUCUUCUGGGACUUUCAGAGGAACCAAAACUGCAGCCUCUUCUCUUUGGAUUUUUUCUCUCCAUGUACCUGAUCACUGUGUUUGGGAACCUACUCAUUAUCCUGGCUGUUAGCUCUGACUCCCACCUCCACACACCCAUGUACUUCUUCCUCUCCAACUUGUCCUUUAUAGACAUCAGUUUCACCUCUACCACCAUCCCAAAGAUGCUUUUGAACAUUCAGAAUAAGAGCAAAGUCAUAAUCUUUGAUGGCUGCAGCACCCAGAUAUAUUUUUACAUACUCUUUGCAGGAUUAGAUGACAUUCUCCUGAGUGUGAUGGCCUAUGACAGGUUUGUGGCCAUUUGCCACCCCCUGCACUACUCAGUUAUCAUGAAUCCCAGACUCUGUGGGCUGUUGGUUCUGCUGUGCUGGAUAUUGAUGGCCAUGUAUUCCUUGUUACACACCUUAAUGGUAUCAGGAUUGUCCUUCUGUCCAGAUUUGGAAAUCCCACACUUUUUCUGUGAACUCAAUCAGGUGGUACAACUUGCCAGUUCUGACACAUUUCUCAAUAACAUGGUGGUGUAUUUUUCAACUGUCCUGCUGGCUGGUGGUCCUUUUACUGGUAUCCUUUACUCUUACUCUAAAAUAGUUUCCUGCAUAUGUAGAAUCUCAUCAGCUCAGGGGAAGUUCAAAGUCUUUUCUACAUGCGUGUCUCACCUCUUAGUUUUCUCCUUAUUUUAUUGUACAAGCCUAGGAGUAUACCUCAGCUUUUCUGCUACCCAGAGCUCACACUCAAGUGUAAUUGCCUCAGUGAUGUACACUGUGGUCAUGCCCUUGCUGAACCCCUUCAUCUAUAGUCUGAGGAAUAAAGACAUAAAAAGGGCUCUGAAGAGAUUCUGUUUGAUGCCAGAUACAAAGGCCCAGUUUUCCUGGGGGUGA